UCUUAAAACCCUACAACAUUGUUGCCCUUUUGCCUUUCCUUUAUAACCCCACACCUUUCUCCAAAUCCUCCCUUCUCUUCUUAAAACCCUCUCUCUCUCUCUCUCUUCUGCUAUAACCCAUUUCCCUUUCUCACGGCUUAAACUCUACAUCUCCCGCCUCUCUCUCUCUCUCUAAAACCCAUCUCUGCAAACCAUUUCUCCCGCUCUCUGGUUAAACCUCCACUCCAGUCUUUCUCUCUCUCUCUCCUCUUUGCCCCACAAGCCCAAACACCCCUUUCUCUCUCUGGACCGUCAAACCCCAUACCGAAGCUUCCCUCUCUCUACUGUUUCGGAAAACCAACAUUCUCAAACCGUCUCCUCGCUUUCUCUCUCUAAGCGACAUGCAUACACCAGUUCUCUGCUCUGCUCUCCUUAUUUAUCUCUCUAUUCAUUGAAAACCUUAAAAUCCUGAAUCCCCAAUCUCUGUCUUUCCCACUGAUCUCCCCUCUUUAAAAAAUUAAUCUCUGUUUCUCUCUCUUUAUCUUCUUCUUGUCUCUCUCUCUCUCUCUAUGAGCGGAGAGCCAUGGGUAAAUACAUGAGAAAAGGAAAAGGCUCAGGAGAAGUUGCAGUAAUGGAGGUCUCGUCACCCUCUCUUGGUGUUCGAACCAGAGCUCGAACGCUUGCUCUGCAAAAGAGCGCCACAGCUACUGCUCGCCUGCAAAAACCUACCUCUUAUCUCCAGCUUCGAAGCCGUCGCCUGGAAAAACCACCUUUUCCAGAUAAAACUCACUCUCCUCAAACCCCCAAAACCACUUCGACUGGUUCAAACCCUAACCCUAAUCAUGGUUCAAAACAGUCGCAUUCGGGAAACGCCGCAAACCCUAGGAUUGGUCAGAGUGGUUCAGCUGCUGGUUCGGUCUCUCUCUCUAAAAGUUGCUCGAAAACCAGGGACGGAGAGGAGGUGGUUUCAGUUGAUUGUGCAAAACCGGUUGCGUCUCAAACCCUAGAGAACGAACCUGGCGUUGAAGCUUCUUUUGGAGAGAAUGUUGUCGACUUUGAUGUUAGAGAAAGGGGUAUCCGGGAAACCACACCUUCAAGUCUAAUUAGGGAUCCAGAAUCUUUGGAGACUCCGGGUUCAACAACGAGGCCUACGAAUGCGGCCUCCAACCGAAGAUUACGAAGUGAAAGUCGUCGCCAUGCGCCCACUGCAUGCGAGAUGGAAGAAUUCUUUGCCAGAGCUGAGCUACAGCAGCAAAAGAGAUUCACCGAAAAGUAUGGCACGACAAAUUCCCUCUUUUGGUUGUUCAUUAUUGUGCACUCAUUUUUGGGUUUCUCUACACUUUUUUCCCUCAUCUUGACCUUUUUAGGUUUUUUUUGGAGUUUGACUGCUUCUUCUGACCCAUUGCUCUGUCUCUUGGUGUGCAUGAACAUUUCUUUUUUUCCUUUUUGGGUUUUGUAAAGAAAUCGACUUUUAUGACUAAUCAAUCUAUAUCUAGGGUUUGCAUGCGUAUUUGUGUGCUCAUGUAUUUUCACGUGCGUGUGCGCUUGCGUGCGUAUGUAAAUGAUUAAUUUUGGGAUUUUUCUGAUAAUCCCUGCCAAUGUUAACUCGUGCGCAUGUAAAUGAUUAAUUUGGGGAUUUUUCUGAUAAUCCCUGCCAAUGUUAAAAAAAAAUAAAAUUCGCUGACUCUGGCAUGGGUUGGGGGACAGGCAUGUCCAAAGGGAAAACCUCGGGACUUGCCCUGAGUCUUAUGUUAAAAUAACAAUGGUCCGACUUGGUAUGUUCUUGAGUCAGUAUUUUUGAACACUGGUCGUUCCUUUCUUCUUUUGUUUCGGUUUUGAGCUUACACUAAUGCCUUCAUAAUGUUAUUAGUGCUUCAAUUAUGUUUCAGUAUUUGUUUAGUUAUUUUCUUUUUUCUUGUCUGAUCAUUUUGGUCUGUUAUUUAUGUAAUUGUAUUGUUUUCUAAUUAGUUUGUUGUGGUUAUUUAACGAUUGUGUUCCAUUUUCUGUUUGAUAAAUUGUCUAUUAUUAAUGUGAUAGUAUAGUUUUGUUUAUUUGUGCGGUAUUUUUUGAUCGUGUUCCAUUUUGUGCUGUUUUUUUUUCACUUAUAUUUUUUGACAGAAUCUGCAAUUAAAGACCCAAUUUGAUUUUGCUUUUGGUUAUUGCUUUUUUGCCAUUUAUUUUUGUCUUUCUUUUUUAUGCUUCUCUACCCCUUUUGUAUUCUUGGAUGAACAAUUAUAAUGAAAACCAGCUUCUUUGACUUUUUCUGCAAUUGUUCUUGGUGAAAACUAAUUGCUGUCUCUGAGA